UGCACUCCUCUAACCCUGGAAACCUCAACCUGCCUCUCUCACACGGGCCAUUUCUCAUCCCCAGCUCCAUGGGCACCCUUACAAUUAACAUAUACCACUACUUUCCCCAAUGCUACACAUUCCUUUGUCUCAUGCCCUUCUGCACACCUACAAACCUUCCUCCUACACACUGCUGACACAUGGCCAUAAGCUUGAGACCUGUAAGAAAGUAAUGUAUUCGGCACAAAAGGUCGUACAGGAUAAUAUAAUAUCCUGUCACUUUGUCGGGCAAAGACAUCCAAACUCAAAAGAACAGACAAUGACUUCUGUUUCACCACUCCUGCCACCCUGUCUGCGUCACACCAAACGACAACCGUCACAAACCCUGGGAAUCUUCCCCUUCUGUUGGUCAACUUGUUACUGCUAACCCCAGUAAUCAUAACUUUCAAUGGUGCCCAUUUCUUGAGAGCAAAUCACAUUUCUUGCCUCCAUUUGUUUAACGCAGAGAGCCUUCUUCCUCUGACCAGCAGAAACACAAACCAUUAUCACAAGACCAGUUCUGGUUACCCUUACUGAUUCCACAGCACAAAACUCUGUUUUCAACCACCCUGAAACCACAAAUGGAUCAGCCAAAAGGCAAGGGUCCACUUGUAACAAAAACGUCACUCCUAGUCCCAACUCAUCUUUAUUCUGACCCUCAGUGCAAGCCUCAGCCCCGAGAACUUCACCACACCUACCACCUCCGAUGCUUCGACCUCAUUAACUUUCCUUUCUCCUCCUGUCUUCAGAUCACUCUGCUUACACUUUCUAACAUUCUUAUUUAACAAACCAUCUCCCUUUUUUCCGCCAUUUUUAGCCGACUCAAGUUCACCCGCUUCCGUCUUCCUCUCUUAGACCUCCUCUGCCCUCCAUUCCCCCUUCCGUAUUCAAAGUAUACGUCUCCUUAUGCUAAUACUGCACUUCUCCUGACAUACAUUUUGUUAUUGCAUUAUAAGCAAAUGCUUUACAUAUUCAUAUUCCUUUAUCUAGCACUGGGAACAUGUGACAGCGGAAUGGUGACGUAAAUAUUCAGCGACGCUCUACGGUUUGUGUACAAUUUCAAGCUUGACGGGAGGGUUACGUUUAGGACGAUUGCAUCAAAUGUGUCUUUGUUUUGUUUUAUAAUCGUGAGAAUUCCCUCGAUCCUCUAUUUACUCAAGUGUAUCUACACUUUUGCACAUCUCUGUUGAUGGGUACUUUCAUAUAGUUGUUUUUCCACUAAUAUAAAGGAAUUUAAAUUCUAGUUUUCAGAGAGAGUGCAUGUCUCUCUUGUCCAUAUUUUACAGUUGAUGAACGUCUGCUCCAGGACUUUAGCUGUAGGCUACCUGGUAUGAAUGAAUAAUAUCGUAUGCAAACGAAUGCACAUUACAGUGAAUGUUGAUCUCAGUAUGUCCCUGCACAAGAUGCUCUCCUAGCGCCCCUAUUUAUUUAUGUGCCACUUAGUUGUAGCCUGUGAACAUAUGCCUUAUGCUGCCCCCACUGAAAGAUUAGUUAGUUGUCAGGCAGAUAUUGCUCGUCCCCAACAAUGGUGUGGUACGGCCAGCCAUCUGUCGCUGUGUGAAUGGAACUGUCAGUUGGUCCGUCUGUAAACCAGGCCUGACUCAUGACUGAGUACUACGAGGAGGGGGCCUGCUGUACGAGCACUCGCCUCCCAUGCACAUCAAAGUGGAGUCUCCGGAGGGACCCUUCGGAGGGGGCGUCUCAGAGGACGGCUUUCCCAGGGAGGAUGAGGACUCGGAAGGCAGCUGCGACCAAAGCAGUGGGCUGCCUGGUGGACUACCCUUCAACGUGGUGGUGGUGCAUCCGAACAUCAUGACCCCUGGCAUGUCCUCAGAUGACCUCCUAUCCAUGGAACAGCCAGGGGGUGCAGGCAAGAGGAAGAGUCGUUUUAGCGGUGCAGAGCUGGAGGUGCUGGUUUCUGAGGUGACGCGGUGUGAGGGAGAGCUUUUUGGUCCUGCUGGGAGGCUCCGGCGCAGGGAGAGAGAGAGGAUCUGGGCAGGGAUCCUGGAGCGGGUCAACGCUGUGUCCAGAGUCCCUCGUACCCUCCGCGAGGUCAAGAAGCGCUGGGACGACCUGAAGAGACGCAAUGGAGGCAGGCUGGCAGACGCUAGGCACCGAACUUGUUACCUGCCAUCUAAUAGAGGGGCUUCCAUGCUGGGACGGUCAGCUCAGGCAAGCCCCAGGCUUCACCAGGCCAGACAGAAGCAAAGCACCAGAGGGAAGGCCAGUUUCACGUGCUUCACUGAUACAGAACCAGUGGGUGGAGGUGAAGGGUUGGAGAGAGAUGGCUUUGAGAAGGAUGAGGAUAGUGGUGAGCGGGAAGUGGAGGUGGGAGAGGCGGAAUGCGAGGGGGCAGAGAGCAGUAUGGAGGAAAAGCUGGGUUUAGGACUGGGAAUAGGGCCUCCCCCUAACUCGGAACGCUGGCUGCCUCCCUCUCCCCUCUACAGCGCCCCUUUCCUCAAUGGGACCCCUCAGCCUAGUCCCCAGCCAUCACUAGGGGCCCAGCAGGGACCCCUAGAGGCCCCUCCUCGUGGCUCAUGGCUGGAGGACGAGCUCCGCGGCAUGGGGGAGGCAGCUCUGCAGCUGGGGGAUCGGGUGGAGCAGAGUCUUCGGGAGUUUGGGGAGGGAUUCAGACGUGAUAUGAGAACAUUAGUGGUCUCUCAAGAGGCACUGGCAACCAGCCUACAGCAAAACAAUGUUCUCCUGCAAAGGCUGCUGGGAGUCCUAGAGGCACAGCAGCAGCAGCAACAACAACAACCACCACAGCAGCAGCCACAUCAUUCCCAAAAACAAGAGCCACAACAGUCAACGCAGCAACCACAACAGAUACAACCACAACAGCAACAACUGCUACUACAGCAACCCCAGCUGGUGCAGCAACAACAGAUACAACCGCAACACCCCCAGAGUCCAAGUAAUCAACCAACUUUAGCAGUUGCCCCUGUACCACCACCCCCAGAUAUUCUUGAUGGUACCACCCGUCCAAAUCCACCCGCAGUCAUUAAUGGAAUUGUCCAACGGCCAAGGCGGGGGAGAAUUGUUGAUCAUAGACGAAGAAGAAGGCGUUAGAUAGAGAUGUAAAUAAGCUUUGAUGUACUUUAUUUAUUUUCUCUUAUACAAUCUGAUUUGAAAUAAUUGUGUCCCUCUAAUUUCAACCAAUGCUGAAAAAGUUGUUUUAUGAGUACAUUUGUUGUGUAAAGUAUUCAGACCCCUUGACUUUUUCCACAUUUUGUUACGUUACAGCCUUAUUCUAAAAUUGAUUAAAUUAAUGUUUUUCCUUAUCAAUACACCAUAGUGACAAAGUGAAAACAGGUUUUAAUAAAUGUUUACAAUAAUUUA